AUGAGUAAUCAAAUUAUUUAUAAAUUACACUAUACCAAUAGUCUAGGAAAAACUUUCUAUAUUGACGAUCAAGGUGGAGUUUAUGAUAUUGAUGAUGUAAACUGUCCCGUCCUAAUUGGUCAUUUAACCGAUAUAGGCCUAAUGAACUCGAUAGGCCUUUUAAUCUUAGACUCCUAUCAUGUUGAAGUUGUAACUUCUAGCCCUAUAAAACGACAUGUGUGUAUUUUCUGCGAAAAAACAUUCCAGUCUCCUAGCGCGUUAAGAACCCAUAAAAACUCUCAUACCGGGGAAAAAC